UGGCUCAGGAUGGCUUGCGCAUGGCCGGCUCACAAGCAGCCUGAGCAGCCUGGGGGAAUUCUCGGUGGCGCGUGAUCACACGCGAUGUCCCACCCCGAUCUGUAUCCGAAGGAGGCGAGCUCUCGAGGUCUCGUCGAGCAUCGCAGUCAGUCCCCCCUCUUGCUCGCAGACUCCAUGGAUUCGGUGGGGUUCACUGAGCUCCAGUUGGCGCAGCUUCGCGACGUGAUGAAGCAGGCAAUCGAGGAAUCCGUGCGAGCUGCAGUCCGGUCGGAGCUCCAGGAGCUCCAUCGAGGGCCAGGCCACGAGGCCAGCGACGCACGCAAGCAGGGUGCGCAGCCCGACCACGUGCCUGGUGGUGCUGAGGGCUCUGCAGGUGAUGAAGAGGAGCAAGGACAGGGGAGCGCCACCAUACGCACUCAGCUGGACGCACCACAGCAUCCUUCAAGUCAUUGCGUGCAUUAUUCGGACAUCCUGAAUCAAUCAUCCACGUCGGAGGUGAAUCAUGAAAGCAUGGGAACCUUUGAUCGGGUGCGGUUCAGGGCAAAGAAGCUCCUCCACGGUGGCACGCAUUUUGAUGCACUAAUGGGUGUCAUCAUAGUUGCGAAUUCUGUUGUCAUAGCCAUCGAAACGCAACUCAGGAUGCUCGAUGCUGUGCCAGAGUACCUGAAAUGGGUCGAGUCGUCCUUUCUGGUAGUUUUCUUAUUGGAGCUCGCCUUGCGCUGGCUGGCAGAUGGACAGGAUAAUCUAAGGCAGGCAUGGUUUUGGUUUGACUCGACGCUGGUAGCCCUCGGUGUCAUUUCCGCCUGGAUACUCGAACCUCUUAGCACUGUGGCUGACUUGCAAGACGUGCCAGUCAUAUCCCAGGUCCUCACCCUCCGUGUCCUCCGCUUAAUGCGGCUUGUCAGGGCACUGAGGCUGAUAGAGGCAUUCCACGAGUUGUGGAGGCUUUGCUGCGGUCUCUCAAAGUCCCUACGAACCAUGCUCUCCGUAUGCCUAUUGGUGGUGGUGGUCGUCUUUGUCUUCGCUUGCAUGGGUGUUGAGACGAUCUCCACCUCGGAAAGACUCAACCAGAACGAGGAGACCGCGGAGAUUGUAAGAACUCACUUUUCGAGCUUGCCGGUGGCCAUCAUCACGCUGAUGCAGUUCGCCAACGCAGACUCCAUCGCGGCCAUCUACCUGCCGAUCUGCAGGGAGGAGCCGGCCUUCGUGGCGUUCUUUCUGGUGCUGUGGCUCGUGGUGACGGUGGCCCUCAUGAACCUGCGGACUGCAAUCAUCGUGGAGAAUGCUCUGGUCAACGGGAAAGAGGACGCCGAAGAGAGGCAGCGCCAUCUGCGGCGGGUGGUCAAGAAGAUCAUCCCGGAGAUCGAGAAUGUAUUCGACAGUCUCGAUGAUGAUGGUAGCCAGGCCCUGACGAUUGACGAGAUCGAGCUCGCGGCGCGAACAGGGAAGCUGGCACUGCCAGACGGCAUCAAAGAGUUCGUAGAGCCAGCCAAGCUCCUCGAGAUGUUCGGCUUCUUGGACAACGACCAGUCCGGGGACAUCACGAGGGACGAGUUCGUCGACGGCGUGUGCAGCCUCGUGGUGUCCUCCGUGCCCAUCGAGACGACUCAGAUACUGCAGCUGAUGCGGCAGACACACCGUGCAGCGAUGGACACACUGCAGGCGGUUCAGGUCAGGACUACCCUUUCCAGGGGCUAGAGCACCAGCGAACCAGCCGGCCCUGCCCCCGGCGGCACCGACGCCACCGCCCGCCAAGGUGCCAAGGGCCGCCGGCCGGCGUUGCCUCUCGCUUCUGAUGCGCAGCCCAAUGGCGGCAUCUUCUUGCACGGAGUCGUCAAACUCGGGAACAGUUCUGACGCGUUGCUGGUGUAGCCCGUCCGCCCAACCCAGCACCCGAGACUGCGAAUCAGCAAGUUCUGGUCGGCGCCAGCUCGCCUUCGCUCGAAGGCCUUCCGCAGGCACGGGGCGUCGGAGCUGACGCGGACCCCUCUGUGCAGAGCGGCAGGCAGCGCCAAGCCACCUUCUCGUUACCAUGGCGCGCCGUCUCCAGACUGCUGCACAACAGUUGGAGGAGGAGCCAGUUUUCUGGCGACCCACCCGUCGCUCGAUAAUUCGCAGCGCGCGAGCCGCGCGGGAAAUGCGCCGAGUGGGAUUGCGUCGCCCCGCGCGGGGGCCCAGGAUGCAUGUGAAACGGCGCGUUUGUCCCAGCAAGUUUUCUGGCGACGCGCCCGUCCGCAGGCCGCUCGGCGCGCGCGCGCGCGCGCGCCGCGCGGGGGGCGCAUUGGCUGGGGAUGCGUCGCUCUAUGUCGAGGCCCAGGAUGCAGGUGACACCAUUGUUUUUCUCCGCUGGUUUUCCUCUGGCCCGCCGGGUCGCCAUUGGUUCUGCGCGCGCCGUGCGUGGAACGAAUUGAAUGGGAAUGCAUCGCCUCGCGUUGCGGCCCAGGAUGCAAGUGAAUGAACUUGUUGCUCUCAGCUAGUUUUCCGGUGGCCCGCCCGCCCGUGGACUACUCGACCCGAGCGCGUCUCACGGGGGAACAUAUGCCGCGAAGGUUUCGCCGCCCGCCGCCAGCCCCCUCUCUCG